AUGUCUGCACCUGCUGCGACAGCCAUGACCGAAUAUUUCGACGAUGACGAGCCCACGUUGGUCUCGUCACCCCUACGCAGCAAAAGUCCGCUGCUGUCCUCACCAGAGAAAGGCCGCGACCUUGAGGAAGGGCUCACCGUGCACGCCGAUAUCCAACAUAAGCCCGGGUCGUGCUCCGCCAAGAGCAUCUAUGUAGUUCUCGGGGUCCUUGUCGGUCUCGUUAUCGGUUUACUGCUUGCUCAAAUCCGUGUAUCGGCCCGGCCAAGUUUGCAAGUAGCAGCAGAUCAGCUGAGAAAUAUCAGCUUUGCUGCCGAUAAGAUCCCAACUGGCAGUGACGGCACAUUACAGGCAGACACGGCACUGUGGCAAUACGUGGCGCGAGUCUUCGACUCGCGCAUUCAUACAGCAGUGAAGCUUGCACAAGCGAUAGAGCUUGACCCUUGGACGGAAUGGGAAAAUUACGAGCAACCGGUUGUGCUUGAUCCGACAGUGCAGCACACUGCCACCGUCAUCCUCUUGCACGGCCUGACGGGCACUGGCUGGAAUAUGCAGCGAUUAGCGCAGCCCAUGCGAGAGCGCCUGCCUCAUGUCAAGUGGAUAAUGCCUCAUGCGCCUGUCGUGCCCGUCACGCUCAAGAAGGGGGAGAUGGGCCAUUCGUGGUUCGACAUAUCCGCGGCUGGCGAAGCAGCUGGCGAGUAUCCCACAGACGAAGACGAAGCUGGCAUGCUCUCGUCUGUCAGCUACAUCAUUGCGUUGGUAGCGAACGAGACAUGGACCAGCUUACCAAGCAAUCGCAUUGUUCUGGCUGGCUUCAGUCAAGGCGCAAUACUGGCUUUACUAGCAGGCGCGAUGCACGACGAGCCAUUGGGCGGCGUUGCUGUGCUGUCGGGCUAUCUUCCGCUGAGAGCCAAGAUGUUUGCGCUCGCCAGCUCAGUGGUCCGGACCUUGCCAAUCUGGUGGGGACACGGCAAGUCGGAUCAGGUUGUCCUAUUCAAUUGGGCGGUGAAAUCGCUCGACUAUCUGCGCAAGGCAUUACACAUGACGAGAGUUCGGCUCCACGCCUAUGAUGAUCUCGGUCACGGCGUUGGUGAAGGGGAGAAGGCGGCGCUGCUUGACUGGCUAGCGAUCGUCUUGCCGGACUCCAGCAUAGACCAGUCGCACACUCCAUAG